GGGGCCGCAUCAUGGCCGCUCUAGGGUCAGUGUGUGUUGACGAGUGAGAGUGGCAGGGUCGCUAGAGGCGCUGUGGGAUUCCUGCUUCAUAUAUGUUAUCCUGCGACGCUUACAAACUCUCACUUCACCCGACUGUGGCUCUCUGUCCCACAGUGGCGAGGUCGCACUAGUCCGGGAGCUGCGCCAGGCAGGCAGGCAGGCGCAGUGGACCUGUUGAAGGCUCAGACGCAUCGCCAGAAACUCGGACAUGGUGAUGACACGCGGUUGAACACGGAUUAUUCUUACGAGUGUUUGCAGCGCAAGCCCUAAAGGGCUGGUGCGGCGCUGGGGGAUUUUCAACAGUCGAGCAGCGUGGCGUGACUCCCUCCCCUCCUUGUGACCCUCCUCUCUCUUCCUCACUCCCCGCGGCGACGAAGGGAGCACGGCGGCGGCGGAGAACCUGUUGGACCAGUGUCGUUUUACAGUGGUGACGAGGACGUUCAGGGAUUGGCCGCCCUCACUCGAACCCCUCCCCUUGGCGAUCAGGUCCUUGAAGGAGAGCCGAGCAGCCGAAGCAGGAGACGCAGCAGCCGCAGGAGCAGCAGCUGCUUAAGGAAGAUUGUGGAGGAAAGGAAAGAAGUGAGCGUAGUACCUUAUCAAGCAUGGUAGAAGGAACGAGGAUUGUUUCUUUAUUGUGAGAGGAAGACGGCGCGACCCCUCUUCUUCAGCAACCCCUCAUCCGGAGACCACAGCCGUUAACAGGUGGUUGUGGUGAGGGCCAGACCAGGACCACAGCCUGGGUGGACCAUGUGGCGGGUGGCUUGGGACCUUCAGCAGCACAGCCAUUGGUCGCGCAUGUCGUAGUGUCGAGUCUGAAAUAUGUGAAGGAACUAGCGUGAGUUUUAAGUGUAGGGAAGCACGUGAGAAUACAAGCUGAAGUUCCGCCAUUUGGCCUAAAGCUUGGACACCCUGGACCAGUAGUGACGACCCUCUGACACUCAAUAGAACUUGUCAGCGCCGCCCUCCUUCCCUGUUGCUGAUAUUCAUCUCUCCACUCUCACCACUCUACUCACCACUGUUCCGGCGGCGAGCCACUGAGGGGGCAAGAUGGUGUCUGUGCUCCCCUCCAUGGACCACACCUUCCCUACCUUGGUCGAUCUUAACAAGGAACAAGCCGUCCUCGACCAGCAGGUGAAGCGGCAGCGGCUCGACACGGAAAGAGACUCCGCCCAACACAGUGAUGGCUCAUGGCUGGACCAUCAUCUAAGGUGUGAAGUGGCAGCUGUCGCGGCGUCUCCAGCAAGCCACAGUGACAGUGGGUGUGCUUCUCCUGCAGAAGGCUCGGGAGGAGGUGGAGGAGGAGGGGAGGGGAGGAGGUGGUGGUGGUGGGGAGGAGGAGGAGGAGGAGGAGGAGGAGGCAGCAGCAAUAGUGAGCUACUGACUCCACUGGUGAGCCUGGGUCGCGCAACCUCCAUAGCAGCGGGCACCCUCACUACCUCGCCCACUGUCACGUCCCUGUCUCCGUCUUACCACGGGGCCGUCGCCACCAGCACCGCCGCCAACCCGGUCACCUCCACUCCCAACAACACCAACAACAACAACGAGGCUGCACAAGCCACACACCCGCCGCCGGCGUCCCUCCAGUCCCUGGACGCCUCCUGGCUCACCACCUCCCUACACAACAACUCCCUGCAUGAGGUAAAGGGGGAACCAGACCAAGACGUGUUCACCGAGGCAUUGCCGCCCUAUAGCUCCGUCACCGCCUCCAGCGCCACCACAGACAAACACGAUCUCUCAACCUCUCACCUGCAACAGCUAUACUCCAGCACAAUGCAGGCGUAUGGGGGUAACUCGUACAUGCAGCCAGCCGGCUUCUACAAUGCUGUGCCAAACUCACAGUACUACGGCACCGACUACCUCCUCAACAGCACGCGGAGUCUCAACCAAAGCAGUAAGGGAGCUUUGGGUUCAGGUUCCCUCAGCUCCUCCUGCCUCAGCUCCACGGGCUCCCUGGGCUCAGCGGGCUCCCUAGGCUCCGCUACGGCCUCCUACUUGAAUCCUUAUGGAUCCUUCAGCGGGAGCAGCGGCACUCAGUGUCAAAACCCUUACUACGGCACCUCCUACAACACCUCCUUCGCCGCGGGCAACACCCAGAACUACACCUCCACCCAGCAGGGCCUGGACUCCGCUUACUACUCAGCGGCGGCGUACGCGGGGCAGGCGGCGGCGGCGGGAGGUUACUACUACGGACAGAGCUAUGGUUACAUGGGCUCCUCGUCCGCCUCAUCCCCAUCCUCCGUUGCCACCGCCUCCAACGGUCUCUCCUCCGGCCUACCUACCGCGGCGCCCUCCACGCCCAACCCCACCACCUAUCAGCUCACACUGCCUAUCGAACCAGAGUCCGCCGGAUUCCAGGGAGUGGACAGCCCAUCUUCGCCGCUCAAAGAUACAACCUCAAGGAACCGAAACAGCAGGUCAAGGCGUAGCAACCCGUCCCCAGAUCCAGAGAACAAGGUGGAGCGGGUUUACAUCUGGGACCUGGACGAGACUAUCAUUAUCUUCCACUCCCUCCUCACCGGCACCUACGCCAGGACGUUCGGGAAAGACACCUCCAAUGCUGUUCAGCUGGGUUACCACAUGGAAAAACUCAUUUUUGACCUGGCUGAUACACACUUUUUCUUCAAUGAUCUUGAGGAAUGUGACCAAGUCCACAUUGAUGAUGUCUCCUCUGAUGACAAUGGGCAGGACCUGAGCAACUAUAAUUUUGCAACUGAUGGGUUCAGUGCAGCCAACAACAAUGCCUCUCUAUGCCUGGGUACGGGAGUGAGAGGUGGAGUGGACUGGAUGAGGAAGCUUGCCUUCAGGUAUCGCAAGAUCAAAGAACUUUUCAACAGCUGCAGGAAUAAUUCAGGCAGUCUAUUAGAUCCUGAAAAUCGUGAAAAGUGGCACAGAGUUCGUCAAGACAUAGAGAUCUUGACAGAUCAGUGGUUGACAGAAUCCAUGAAGUGCUUGCAACUUAUAGCAUCAAGACCAAACUGUGUGAAUGUACUUGUCACAACAACUCAGCUUGUCCCUGCCCUGGCUAAGGUCCUCCUGUAUGGCCUUGGUUCCAUUUUUCCCAUAGAAAAUAUAUACUCGGCUACUAAAGUAGGUAAAGAAAGUUGCUUUGAGAGGAUUGCUUCAAGAUUUGGACGGAAACCUGUAUAUGUGGUGGUGGGAGAUGGUCGAGAUGAAGAGAUGGCAGCAAAACAGCUUGAUUUUCCAUUUUGGAGAAUACAGACCCAUCAUGACUUCGUGAACCUGUACAAGGCCUUGAGCAUCUGUGGUCUUUGAACACACUACAAGAAUACUUUGGUCACUAGUGUUUGUAUGUCAUUGCUUUUGCCUUGUGGCAUUGCUUGAUGACUGUCUUUAUUAAUGCAAUAUGUCCAGAAAUAAGCAUAAUUUCUUUUAUUCAUUAAUUACAGGAAAGCCAUAAGUACAUUAUUGAGAAAAAUAUUGUACUUCAUGAAUUUCAUGGACAAUAAGGUGAAGAUACAUUUGUUUCAUACGUACUAGUAUCUACUCGAAUAUGGGUAGAGACUUCUGACAGUGUUAAGGUCUAUAUUGCAUGAUUACUUAAGCAUUAGAAAUACACCCAAAAUCAUGUAGUUGAGAGUGUGUUACAGAAAUGUAUUCUACAGUGAUACUUCAUUUUUGAAAGGAUACAUGUAUUUUGAAGCUUAAGAUCAAAACUUUGAACUAGAAUUUUAAUAUCUGAUUUGAAUCUUUGACUACCAAAGAAAAUGUUUUUUUUUUUUCACCUGUGAUUUGAUAGACUGGAAAAGAAGGCAGCAGUUAUAGUGCAUUAAAUGAAGAAAACUAGGAUGAAUGUGUGAAAUUACAUAACAUGGCUGUAGUGCUUCAUUUAUGACUUGUGGCUGCUCUGAAGGCAACACUGCUGCACAUUGAUUCCAGAUGACAUUGAUCAAGAUAACUAGCCAACUCAGUGUUGAAAACUAAAUGGUUCUGAAAACUGUUAUGAAGUUCCUCAUGACUAGUGCUGCUGAGCUACGAGGGGAAAUGUGAAGCAUAUCAAUAUAAGGAGAACAUGAGUGAAAGUGCCAAGUGAUAGAUGUGAUUGUGUUAAGGCUGCCAGUAUGUGAAGGAAAGGAUUGAUUUGUUACUAGCAUCCAUUGUAUACACAAAUAAGUACACAAGAAAGUAUCAUCAAAAUGAAAAAGCACUGUCGUAUGUAUACAGCAACAUUUGUUUCAAACAUUCCUAGAAGGCAUCUUCAGUAUAUAUAUAUAGUCAUAUGGGGUCUGUGUUUGGGAAGUACAGAGUGCAACAGUGUACUAGCAUGUAAUAAUAAUGUACAGAACAUUGGGGUACAGCUGAACAAUGAAAUGAAGCCUCACUUACUCUGUCAAGAUUUUGUGGAAACAGGAUUUAUCAAGGACUGGAAGAUGACUUCACUAUGUUUAAUCUCACACAUCAGACAAAAUACUUUUGCUAAAAUCAGCCCGUAGUAUUUGGCAAAAUAAUAUUUAGGUUUUUAGUAAUGGCUUUUUUUCAGCUGGCUGUAGUAUCCUCCCAUACCCCUCUCUCUCUCUCUCUCUCUCUCUCUCUCUCUCUCUCUCUCUCUCUCUCUCUCUCUCUCUCUCUCUCUCUCUCUCUCUCUCACACACACACACACACACACACACACACUUUUGAUAUAGUAGUGACUGUAAAGUAUUUUAUUUGUUGUAGUACUCUUGUUGAACAUUGUUUUGUAUAUAUAUGCCUCUUGUACUCAUUCAGAAUAAGUUUAUCAGUCCAUAAUGGGUGUGUAUCUGCCAAAAGGGGUAAACAUAGAAUGCCUGUUAGGUAAAUAUUCCUUGCUUUUGAAAUGGUCCAGUUAAAUGGCAUAAGUAAGCAACGUUCCAUUUACAUAACCAGAUGAAUUAUUCCUGAUAGUAUUGUUGUACAAAAUGUAAAGCAUUAGAUGAUUGUCUUAAUUUGCUUUGUACCUUAUUAUUUGUAGUGAGUAUAGAAUAGAUAUGUCUGGCAUGUAUUAAAGGUCACGUAUAGCCUUCACAUCGUAAUUAUAGAGAUAUUUUCAGCUCUGGUGAUUAGGUGUACACCAGAAUGUAGAGGGAAACCUCUGAAGACCUUUCAUAUGUUCCAGAUUUCACUUAAAAUAUUGUGAUAAUGCUGUUGAUUUGUUCUUUCCUCUUCUUUUUAUACCUGUCAUCGAAGAAUAAGAUUACACACUGUGCUGACAUUGCAUUUGAGGUGUACAACUUUCCAUCACACCUUCAUUAUAUAUAUAUAGGAUAUUUCUCUGGAUUAUUUGCUAUUACUCCAUUAUAUUCCUCCAUCAGAUGUAUUCAAGUUGAAGUAACUGAUUUAAGAAUUCUUAAAAUCAAACCAAAAGAUCCUGAUGUGAAUGUCUACAUUUUUUGCAAUCACUAUUAUUGUUAUUAUCAUUAUUAUUAUUAUUAUUAUUAUUAUUAUGAUUAUGAUUAUCAUUAUUAUUACUUCUAUUAAUAUCAUCAUCAUUAUUAACAUCAAUCAUCUUCCACCAUCACCAUGAAACUUCAAUAUUUCUUUAUAUUAACUUACUGAAUCAUUUACUCUAAUUUUGCAUCCAAUUUGCAUACAUUUUGUAGCAUAAUAUCAAUGUGAAAGAUACAAUCACAAAUGUGAAUACAAAAAAUAGUGCACAUAAUGAAGAUACCUUUUGUUCAAAUUAGAUUUGUGCUUUCAUGUUUCUUCCCUCACUUCAUCACCCAUGCAGUCAGAAACCACUUUGGUGUUUGUGGUUGCUGUAAUAAGAAAUCAUAGCCACACUAUCCUGAGGUUGCAGUGGUAGAUGAACCUCAGAGUCAGUGAUGGAGCACCCAGGCAUCUCAGCAGACUUAUAGGGCUUUUAGUUUAGAUAUAUUGAAACAUUUCUUAAAAGUAGUGAAUUAUAAUGGCAAUAUUUUCUCAAAACAGUAGACAGAAUGAUUGUGCUAAGCUUGUCAGAGUCACAAAAAUUAUUCUAGCACUAUAGGUUGACACAAAUAAGAAAAUAAAGCACAACUUCAAGUAUAUUAUGAUUGUGUGUAGUCAGAAUCAUCAGCAGACUGUUACUCUGCCUUCUAUCUGGACAUCUUCAGUAUUUGUAAUUCUUAAUGUAUGAUUACAAACAUGUGAGUAAUAAAUUACUUUUAUGA